UUACAGUAUAAAGCUGCAUCCCAUCAUAAAGGACCAUAUGAAUUUUCUAAUACGAAGUUACUGCAAGAUUUAAGCGGAGAGCAUACGGGACCAAUAUGGACAAUGAGUUUUUCCAAUUGUGGCAAGUUACUAGCGAGCGGUGGUCAAGAUACAGUAGUGCGAAUUUGGGUUUUAAAAAUUUGUUCGGAAUACUUCAAAGAGAUGUUACCAAGUAACCAUUAUAGUAAUACUUUAAAAAAACUAGUACAAGUCAACCGGUACAAUAUUUGUUGUUAUUUAGGCGCCUCUGAUCAACUUUUUUGCACUCAAGGAUCAUUAGAAGAAGGCCCAUUUCUUGGUAAACCUUUAUGCAUAUUUAAUGGGCACACUGCUGAUAUUCUAGAUCUCUCUUGGUCGCGUAAUUAUUUUUUGCUAUCGUCUUCAAUGGAUAAAUCUGUUAGACUCUGGCAUGUAUCCCAAAAAGAGUGUCUUUGUUGUUUUCUUCAUACUGACUUUGUAGCUGCUAUAGCCUUUCAUCCCUUGGACGAUCGCUAUUUCCUUAGCGGAUCAUUCGAUGGAAAGCUACGGUUAUGGAAUAUCCCUAAAAAGAAAGUCGCUAUGUGGAAUGAAAUUGAUGCAUCCGCAAAAUUGAUUACUGCGACCAAUUUUUGCCAGAGAGGUAAAUAUGCUGUUAUUGGCACUUAUGAUGGAAGAUGCAUAUUUUACGAUACUGAGCAAUUGAAAUAUCAUACCCAAAUCCAUGUUCGAUCCUCAAGGGGGCGAAAUUCAAAAGGAAGAAAAAUCUGUGGCAUAAUACCUAUGCCUGGCAGUGAUAAGAUUCUUGUAACAUCAAAUGACUCUCGUAUUCGACUAUACGAUUUAAAAGAUUUUAAAAUGACCUGCAAAUACAAAGGAUGUCUGAACACUAGUAGUCAGAUAAGAGCUAGCUUCAAUCAAAGCGGUGAAUCAAUAGUGUGUGGAUCAGAGGAUUACUUCGUUUAUACCUGGAAGACGUACCAUGAUUAUGCAAAAUCAUCUUCCAGACGCGACCGUAAUGACUGUUUUGAAAGUUUUCAAGCCCAUACCGCAAUUGUUACUAGCGCCGUUUUUGUUCCUGUGCCCAGCAUGGCGAUGCAGUUUCUAAAUGUACUCGAACUAUACGAUGGAGAAGUUGUAGUUACUGCGGAUUAUCAAGGAAAUAUCAAAGUUCUAGCAAGUUGCUUAGAAGAGUAA